GUACAUUCAAGAGGCAGCGUUCAGUCAUUGGCUAUAAUGUGCUGAGUUUACACAAUACUAUUGGCUCACUCAGAUGUCAUUGUUGUUUCCUAGCUGAACGUGGCAACUCCUGGAACAAGCAUAAUCCACAACGUUGUCUCAGGGGUCUGAAGUCCGAAUUCACCGAUAUAGCCCACGGUCCUGAAAAGUUGUUCCCCAUUCUCACUCACCUGACCGUUGAAACAGGCAACAAACAUGGCAUCAUGGAUUAUACAAAUGGCCUUGAUGGCAAUGAGUAUCUUAAUCGAAACUACAGAAGGGAAAAAAGACAAGGUGCUGUAUUGUUCAGCAUGCAGGGCUAUUGUUGAUGAGCUCAAUUAUUCAAUCAGUCAGAUUGAUCCGAAGAAGACCAUCAAUGUGGGAGCCUUCAGACUCAAGCCUGAUGGGAGCCUGACUGAUAAAAAGGUCCCUCUUGCUAGAUCUGAGACCAACUUGAGUGAGCUUCUGGAUGGAGUUUGUGGUAGCAUGAGUGACUAUGCUCUUCAUGUGGACCCAGACACCAAGAAAAAGCAAUACAAAAGAUUUGCUCCAAGAAGUUCUGAUGCCGGGGAUUUUCCUGAUUUUAACAAUUUCAAGUUUGAUGGCCCAGAGGGAUCCAAUGCCCUACAAUUUGCGUGUGAAAGCAUUGUGGAGGAAUUUGAAGAUGAUAUCAUCUCUCUUUUUGCCAAAGAGACAGACCAUGUGGUCGACAAGUUAUGCAAUGAAGUAUCAGAUCACUGUAAAGGCACAAAAUUCCAGAGUGGCGAACUAUAGUUUUACAUGCGUCUCUGCUGCGGGUGAUUGGACCAGUUUAGAUAUAUAUAUUUCAAAUGAAGAAAUAAUGCUUGAAGGAUAUUGUGUCAAUCAAGUUGCAUUCUUUUAAAUAAAGUUUUCUAUUUUAAAUGGGGAUGCUCGUAUAAUGUCAGAUACACAGAAUUGUAUCAUGAGAUAGAAAGUCAGGUUUGUUUCUUUAGGUAAUCCUAGUAGGCCUAAUUUCUUUAAAAUGCAGGAGGAAGAAGUGGCACUCAAAAUAAUAACAUGGGUGUAAAAAAUGAAAAAGCUAAGUUUGAAUGUGCUGUACUCAGCUGUUAGAGACUGAGGAGGCCGCCAUGUGAAAAAAAGAUGGCGUGGCAACCUACAGACAAUGUCAAAGUGAGCUGGAUCAGCAAUUUUUGUCUAUUUAGCUAAACAGUUCUAGAAUUGUUUGUAAUGUUAUAGAAUUCCAACUCUCUUGAUUAUCCAGACCUGUUCUUGGUCCAGAAGUCCACCGUUGGAGAUGGUGGAUUUCUGCAUGGCAGAUUGCAUUUGAUUUGCACGAGGAAUUCUUAGAUGGAGGGAGUUGAUUCUUGAUUUUUAAAUGGGCAGUCACUUUACGUCCCGUCAUCUGCAACAAUUGAAUUCGUCGUGGUAUCAUUUUAAACCUUUGAGCUUUAAAAUCUGUGCGAGUAUGUCAAAUGUUAUAACAAUUUAUCCUAAAAAAUGUAUCCUCCCCCAAAAAAUACACCUGUUUUGCUUGAUCUUAUUUUUAGAUGUUUUGUAUUUUGUUAUUUGAACUUUACGUUUGAUGUUAUGACCAAUUCUUUAAAAGGAUAUAGAUCAGAAUAGACCUGGGAUGUUCUAUUUAUCGUUAUCACAUCAAUUUGGGCAAUUUAUCACAAUAUUAAUUUUUGUCCAUAUUGCCCAGCUUUAGAUCAGAACAUGUGAAAAAUGAAUCCAACGGGAUCUCCCUCUAUCAGUGAAUUUGCAAUGUUACCAAAUGUUUGCAGUGGGGGGAAAAACCUUCAUGAGAGCCUUAAUAGUUAUACAUUGGCCUGAUAUAACCACCUCCCUAUAACACAAAUUAGUCUAAGUGCCUAAAUCAAGUAAAUUAUCGUCCCAAUUGUGAUAACACUCAUAUCUCAGAGCACACCGGUUGUAAAUUCACCUACAGAUUGAACACUUUCUCCAGAGGAGAUGUCUUUGUGCUAUAUAUGCCAGGAAAAAGCUCAACUUCAUGGACAAUGUUCACUUUUCAUAUAAUGACCCUCACAGCUUCAUCAUAUAAUGACAAUUUGGGGGGGUUUAUGAUCUAAAUAUUUUAAUUUCAAGGGAAAUAAUUGAUCAUUUUGGUACAGUUUUACACAAAAUGUAUCUAUACUUUUUUGUGGAAAUAUUUGGGUCAGUUUUUGAAAAACAUGUCAGACCUUUGGCCAAAGAACAAAUGCAUGGGUCAAGCUUUCACUGGCUACAUGUGACAAAUGAAACCCUAUGAACCAGACUAGUUGAAUACAAACAAGAUACAAUAUAUAAUUUUCAUUACCAUCAGGAAUUACAGCAUUUCCCCCAUACUGCACUUCCAGUUCUUUCAAAACAAAAGUCUUCAACUUGUUGCAUUUUCCUUUACAUUGUGUGUUGGGAGUUUGUUCUGGUUUAAGAAAGUGUAAGCUUUUCUUUGUGUGUAUAGCGUCUCUGAGUGUCUAGGGCUUGAGCUUAACUUCAUGAUAGAUCAAGGGCUACCAAGGUGCAGUUGGCAAGGGGCUCAAAGUGGCAGGACAAACUGGACCACUAAAUGCUCAUUUUUUAUGCAUGUUAGUUCCUUUGCAGUAUGCUGAGUGGACUGUUGGAGGGGGUUUCUCAGAUGAAAUGCAACCCUCACACAGGUAAUGGGAACUAUAUGAUAAACUAUUUGUACAAUUUCACAAAUGUAAUUUCAAUGGUCCAGGAAGACCAUCUCAUUCAGAAAUGUUGUGAAAGUGAAUCUUUCCCUUUGUCUCUAUAAAGUUCAGUCACUGAGCUGCGGCAUUAACUUGUAUUCUAACAAGAUUAAAAUAUAUUUGUCCUGGAGAUUAGCAUACUUAAGUCCUCUUUUGCCUUUUUGGUAGUGGCAGUGUGCUUUGAUCUGUGUUGCGUGGCAAGAGCCUAGCUUGGGCCCGGCCAUCCGAGUGCCAAGUGUGAAAUUGGCCUGAUGUCAUCCCUAUUCUUCACCAUAUACAUCUUUCACCAGCUUAAUUAUAUUUCCGCCACAAAGCCCUAGCUCUUCAUUCCAUAUUCAAGUUUGACUUGGAAGCGUUUAAAAACUAUGGAUGAAUAACUCAGUGGGGGGAAGGGACAGGAUGGGUCUUUUGUUUGAGAGACACACGAGGCAUCCAAUACUUUUCUGAUAUGUAUGUUCUUUUUUAAUCAGACUGCCCUUUGCCUCUUCCAAUUGGAAGAGGUUACAUUUUAUGACACAGGAUAUGUGAACUUAUGAUAACUAACACGUAGGGCAAGCUAUUUAUUUAGUUGCCUUUGGGCAUUUGAAUGUGGACCUUUUUUAGGUCUUGUGACUAGUGGUGGCUGGAGUGGUCAAAUAAUUUUCAGGUCCAGGCAGGCAAUGAAAAUGUAUUAGAACUUACUAUCCAAACUUUAACUUUCACCAACAUGAAGAGUUCUCCAUGGACUUGUUGUGUACUUGAUGCACAGAUUUGUCCUGUUGAAGAAAAUAAAUAUAUUUCAAAAGAUUAUUCUCUAAUACUACUAACCACCUAGCAAUUGUAUGAAGUUGGCUUUAGCUAGCACAUAUAGGUUCCCAAUCUCCCUAAACAGAAGUCAACUUGUUGCAAUUUCCUAGAAAUUGUGUUUUGGGAGUUUAUUCUGGUUUAAGAAAGUGUCAGCUUUAUGUGUAUAGCUGUCUCUGGGUAUCUAGGGCUUGAGCUUAACUUCAUGACAGAUCAAGGGUUACCAAGGUGCUGUUGGCAAGGGGCUCAAAAUGGCUGGACAAACUGGACCACUAAAUGCUAAUUUCCUAUGCAUGUUAGUUCCUUUGCAGUAUGCUGAGUGGACUCCUGGAGGGGGUUUCUCAGAGGAAAUGCAACCCUCACACAGGUAAUAAGGACUAUGAUAAACUAUUUCUCAAAUGUAACUUCAAUGGUCCAGGAAGACUAUCUAAUUCAGAAAUGAUUUGACCACUUGUGUGUUGUUGAUGCUCAGUUGUGUUGUUGAUGCUCAGAUGCAGAGGUGUCAUGCCCAUAGGGGGCACGUGCUCCCUCAGAUUGGUCCUGUUGUAAUACUACUAGCCACCUAGCCGUUUUUUGAAGUUGGCUUUACCUAAGAUAUCUAGGUUCCCAAACUCAUGACUAGCUACCAAGAAGCCAUUUCAGGCUAUCAAUGCUGUUAGAAUAGCUAACUUGUUUCAUGGUACGUGCCCCAGCAUACUGCAAAGGAACUAUCUUAGCUGGCAUGACUCACAUUCCUUUCAAUAUUUUACCCACGUUAGUGCAGAGAAGCAUAUUUAAUUCUACAAAAAAAAUGUAACUACAAGUCAGGAGGAUACAGAAUAAUAUGCAGAAAAAUACACAAUUUUUGACAGAUCUUAAAUUUAGCCAGUUUGCUACAACAACAAAAUAAUCCUGCAGCGACAGGAAAUGUGGAUGAAAAUUAAUGGAGAUUCUUUUGUAAGGGUUGAUGUAUUUUUGUUAGGGCAAAACAAUUCGGACACUUUUAAAGUGGAAAUUACACACUUUAGAAGCCUUUUGAUACACUACAAAUGUGCAUUUACUGAUGUACAAGAAAAUUAUCAGCAUCAAAAUAGUCAUCAAACAUCUACAUCUGUAGACUUAAGCAUAAUGAUUAUGGCUCUAGAUUUCAGUAAAAAAAAUGUACUGCUAAAUUCUCAAAUUUUGGACUGGGGUGGGGAGGGGCUAGCGUAAUUUGUUCCCCAUCAUAUUUUUGAGGUGCUCAAUAGACAUCAUUCAUCACUGUUAUCGAGAGUUGAGGUACAAGCUUAUUGAGGAUGGAUUUUUUUUAGAACAUUUUGAUAUUUACAUAAUUUUAUGAGACUCCUUUUUAGGGACAUUUUGAAUUCUGAUGUGUAGAAGAAGUGAUGGGUUAAAGGAAAUGAGCCUCCUGCAGCUGUGACCGAAGGCUUUGACCUUCAUCGGGCUCCCGGCCACAGACUCCAUUGAGGAACCAACCAAGUUGCUCAGCUCAGCGUCUGAGAGGCACCAGCUUUUCUCAACCCAGAGAGCUCAUCAAGUCAGUGACCGUUGGGUGUUACUUCCACAUACAAGCUGGGAAAGAAUAGAAAUGCAGAUGAGGUUCUGGGGCAUUGAGGAGCAGGUCAAUACUGCGAAUGGUCCGCACAGAUAAUUCUCCCUUUUGUGUUUGGAUCAUUUUCUAUUCUUUUUUUUUUUUAAGCAUCAGGUAAUACUGAGACCGCAGAGUGUUGUAACCUGUAUUGGUGACUGAAGUUCAGUCAUAUUUGAUUGCGUUUGAAUUGCUUGGUUAUGUAUGGCAGUUUUGAAAUCAACAUGAGUAUAGUGUAUUAUGAUCAUAUUGAAAAGGUGUCAUUGUGAUCUGGAUUUGACCAACCUUACUUGGUUGAUGUAUGUUAGGGGAAAUUGAUCUUGUUGAUAAGAGACUCCGUUACAGGCAGAAACUGGGCAUGGGAUAGCUCUCAACAUUCUGGGUUAUUAACUUCUCUGUUUCCAAACGACACAGAAAAGUCUCAAUAUUCAUUUAAUGAGGAUAUGUAUCCUAUUGAACCUACUAGUUUGAAUGUUUCCAUAAGCUUUUAAUUCCCACUUUGUUAUCUGCUGUGGACAUGUCUGACCGAGCAAAUUAUUUCAAGGUAAAUGUUAUUUGUAGCAACUGAGUGAAGAUGCUGUCAUGGGAUUCCUACAACACUUUGAGAUCCUUAAAGAGUUUUGGCACAUUUUUAAGCUAUUUCUGGGAUACAGAAAUAAUGUGUACAACUGUACUACAUUUUGCUGUUGAGAUGCUGGGUCUUCAUGUUAGGCUCCUAAGCUCUAUUCAUGACUACUAAGUAUAGGUGGCUUGCAUUCAGCAUAGUGCACCGUUGACUUGAGAAAUGGAAAUCUGUAUUUUGACUUCGCUAUGACUUGUGGGGUGGUCACCCGACUACAAUUAGGUAUACUAUGGUGCAUAUCACUUAGGCUGUCUAUAACAGCAUGGUGCACCUUGGUGCAAGUUCAUGUGUAACUUUUUUUGUGGUCAACAUUUCGGUAGUAGUUUUCAUUUAGUAAAUACAUUUUAGACUGUUUGCCUGGUGAAACUAACAGUCAUAUUUUGCAUUGUCAUUGGGGACAAGAUACUUUCUCUAUAUACCAUACCAUGUUUGAAUUCUGUUCAUUUUUAACAUUUAAACUUUUUUUAAGGAACUUGAACUCUGCAAGUAGCCCUAUUACAGUAGGCCAUUACUAGCAUUUAAUGUCUAUGUAAACACCACUUUAAUUGCAGACUGUGAAAUAAAGUAUAACCAUAAGUUUGAUGCAUGAAAUCAUGUAUUCUUUCAAGGUUUAUUUAGCUGAGGACCACCUGCAAAUAGCCAAUUACACAAUGCUGUUUACUCUUUUAUGAGAAAACAAGUCCACAUAUGUCUAUUGAGAGCUAGCCCAUCCAACUAGCCCAACAGUGAACUCACAUCAUAGUAUAUUCCAAAAACUUACCAACUGCUUAUUAGAGGAAAAUAUUUUGAAGUUGCCCUAUUGCCCACAUUUUGUUCUGUACUGUUUAGCAGAAUGAAAUUUCCCUUGCUGUCUCAUUAACCUUCAAGACAGGCCAGUAAUUGUUAUGCUAAUUGAUAGUACAUUGUUUCAAAACACAUGUGACUUGGCCAUAUCACAUUUAUGCCUCAGAAAUUAUUCCCAGAGUGGAUGUUUCUGAAUUAACAGUAGGCUAUUAGUCAGCCUGUAUUUUUAGAGUACUGAUUAUGUUGUUUAUUGUUUAUAAGCACAAAAGAAAAUAAAGGAUUUUAAAUUGU